AUGAGCGCGUCCCAGUCCCAGGGCGGUAUCUCGGAUCCCGCCUUGAUCACGCUCGUGAACAAGCUCCAGGAUGUUUUCACAACGGUCGGCGUCACCAACCCCAUCGAUCUCCCUCAAAUAGUUGUCGUUGGCAGUCAGUCCAGCGGUAAGAGUUCCGUCUUGGAGAACAUCGUAGGAAGAGACUUCUUGCCUCGAGGCUCUGGUAUUUGCACUCGUCGACCUCUCGUCCUUCAGCUCAUCAACCGCCCCGCGACUUCACAAAACGGCGUCGAGGAGGUGGAAAACAGCACCGAUAAGGCAGCCAACGCCGACGAAUGGGGCGAGUUCCUCCACAUCCCUGGCCAGAAGUUCUACGACUUCAACAAGAUUCGGGAUGAGAUUAGCAGGGAAACCGAGGCCAAGGUCGGCCGCAACGCAGGCAUCUCGCCCGCACCUAUCAACCUGAGAGUCUACUCCCCGAACGUCCUUACUCUGACCCUCGUCGAUUUGCCUGGUCUGACCAGAGUGCCCGUUGGAGACCAGCCUCGAGACAUCGAGCGCCAAAUCCGCGACAUGAUUCUCAAGUACAUCUCCAAGUCCAACGCCAUCGUCCUCGCCGUCACUGCCGCCAACAUUGAUCUGGCCAACUCUGACGGUCUGAAGCUUGCACGAGAGGUCGAUCCCGAGGGUCAACGAACGAUCGGUGUUCUCACAAAGGUGGAUCUCAUGGACGAGGGUACUGACGUCGUCGAUAUUUUGGCUGGGCGUAUCAUUCCUCUGCGAUUGGGAUACGUCCCUGUGGUCAACCGUGGCCAGCGAGACAUUGACAACAAGAAGCCAAUCCAGGCGGCUUUGGAAAACGAGAAGAACUUCUUUGACAACCACAAGGCGUACAGAAACAAGAGUUCCUACUGUGGAACGCCCUAUCUGGCCAGGAAACUAAACCUUAUCCUGAUGAUGCACAUCAAGCAGACACUGCCGGAUAUCAAGGCUCGUAUCUCGAGCUCGUUGCAAAAGUAUACGGCUGAACUGGAGACUUUGGGACCGAGCAUGCUGGGCAACAGCGCAAACAUCGUGCUCAACAUUAUCACCGAGUUCACCAACGAGUGGCGGACAGUGCUGGAUGGUAACAACACGGAGCUUUCGAGCACUGAGUUGUCAGGUGGUGCCAGAAUCAGCUUCGUGUUCCACGAGCUGUACGCCAACGGUGUGAAAGCUGUGGACCCGUUUGAUGUGGUCAAGGACGUCGAUAUCCGCACCAUACUGUACAAUUCUUCCGGUUCCUCCCCCGCUCUCUUCGUCGGCACUACUGCCUUCGAGUUGAUCGUGAAGCAGCAGAUCAAGCGCCUCGAGGACCCUAGUUUGAAGUGUGUGUCUCUCGUUUACGACGAGCUGGUGCGCAUUCUGUCGCAGCUCCUCGGCAAGGCUCUGUAUCGUAGGUAUCCUUCCCUCAAGGAGAAGAUCCACGCCGUGGUAAUCAACUUCUUCAAGAGGGCCAUGGAGCCUACCAACAAGCUCGUCAGGGACCUGGUCGCCAUGGAGGCAUGCUACAUCAACACCGGUCAUCCUGACUUCUUGAACGGCCAUAGAGCCAUGGCCAUGGUCAACGAGCGCUACAACCCCAAGCCCGUCCAGGUCGACCCCAAGACCGGCAAGCCUCUGCCGGGCGGUACUCCUAGAGCGUCUAGCCCGGUAGUGCCAGAGGACCCUUCGAACGGUGGUUUCUUUGGCAGCUUCUUUGCUGCGAAGAAUAAGAAGAAGGCAGCCGCCAUGGAGGCCCCUCCGCCAACACUCAAGGCUUCCGGAACGCUCUCGGAGCGAGAGAACAUUGAGGUCGAAGUCAUUAAGCUGCUCAUAUCCUCUUACUACAACAUCGUGAGGCGUACCAUGAUCGACAUGGUACCCAAGGCCAUCAUGCUUACCCUCGUCCAAUUUACCAAGGACGAGAUGCAGAAAGAGCUAUUGGAGAACAUGUACCGCACCGACACCCUGGAUGACCUGCUCAAGGAGAGCGACUUCACCAUCCGCAGAAGAAAGGAGUGCCAGCAAAUGGUGGAGUCCCUUGGCAAGGCCAGUGAGAUUGUCAGCCAGGUCCAGUAA